ACCACCUCCGUGGUGCCGUGAGGGGCCGGGCCCUGCCUCGCCGUUCCUGGCCCCGCGCUGCUCCCCGCGGCUGAGGUAACGGUGAGGCCGGGCGGAGGAGGAGCGGGCCCUACUGUGCCGCAGGCCUGGGGAGCGGCCGGUGCGGCCCGGGCCUCCCUCCGCCCCGGCGGGAUGGGGGGUGCGGGGCUGCUGGUGCUGCCCGGAGCUUCAGGAGAGCUGCCGGCACGGCUUAGGCACCUCAGGAGUACCGGUGCCAUAACCAUAUGCACUUCCAUGACAAAAGUCAACAUUUUUCAUGGCGUAUGUGAGGAAAAUUUUAUGACCUCUGGUUCUCCCAGGGGAAUGAUCAGGGGCUCUGCUCUGGCCCUCCUAACGUGGCUGUCCCUGGUCAGCACCAGAACCUACAGCUUUGCCGCUGCGCAGUUGUGAAUAAAAAGUUGAUCUUGCAGAGUGGUGUUACUCCACAGAAAAUUUAAAUGUCUUCAGAAGACAAAGAAGCUCAGGAGGAUGAGCUGCUGGCUUUGGCGAGUAUUUAUGAUGAAGAUGAGUUUAAGAGAGCCGAGUCAGCCCAAGGAGGAGAAACAAGAAUUUGUCUGGAGUUGCCCCAAAACUUCAAAAUUUUUGUGAGUGAUUCAGGCAAUUCCACAGAAAGCCUCCAGAACAGCGGGUUUGAAUACACCGUGUGCUUUCUGCCUCCCCUCGUGCUGAAUUUUGAACUCCCGCCAGACUACCCCUCAACUUCCCCGCCACUCUUUACCCUCAGUGGCAAAUGGCUCUCCCGGGCCCAGCUCAGUGCUCUUUGCAAACACUUAGACAACGUAUGGGAAGAGAAUCGAGGCUGUGUGGUCUUAUUUGCCUGGAUGCAGUUUCUGAAGGAAGAAACACUGAGUUACUUGAAUAUUUCCUCCCCCUAUGAGCUAAAAAUGUGCCAUCAAGGGAGUGGGCAGAGCAGGACACCUUUGGUCCCUCUUGCUGCCGAGAAGGAUUGUGGUGGUGCAGCGGGCUCUGCAGCAGCUGAAGAAGAAAUCAUCGAUGCAAGAGCUGUACGGGAUGUGGAGUCGUUGUCGAGUCUGAUUAGGGAAAUCUUGGACUUUGAUCAGGCUCAGAGGAGGAAGAGCUUUAACAGUAAGAUGUACUUGUGCAAUAUCUGCUUCUGUGAGAAGCUGGGCAGUGAAUGUAUGUACUUCACCGAGUGCAGCCAUGUGUACUGCAAAGCAUGCCUGAAGGACUACUUUGAAAUUCAGAUCAGGGAUGGGCAGGUCCAUUGUCUCAACUGUCCAGAACCGAAGUGUUCUUCUGUUGCUACUCCUGGCCAGGUUAAGGAGUUGGUUGGAGAGCAGCUGUUUGCACGCUAUGACCGCCUGCUUCUGCAGUCCAGCUUGGACCUGAUGGCGGAUGUGGUGUAUUGCCCUCGCCCGGGCUGUCAGACGCCCGUCAUGCAAGAACCAGGUUGCACCAUGGGCAUAUGUUCCUGUUGUAACUACGCUUUUUGUACUCUCUGUAAAAUGACUUACCAUGGGGUCUCUCCGUGCAAAGUUACUGCUGAGAAAUUAAUGGAUUUGCGAAAUGAAUAUUUAGAAGCAGACGAGGCAACUAAACGAUUUUUGGAACAACGCUACGGCAAACGAGUGAUUCAGAAAGCUCUUGAGGAGAUGGAGAGUAAAGAAUGGCUAGAAAAGAACUCCAAGUCUUGUCCUUGCUGUGGCACUCACAUAGAGAAACUAGAUGGCUGUAACAAAAUGACGUGUACUGGCUGCAUGCAGUAUUUCUGCUGGCUCUGCAUGGGUUCUCUGUCGAGGAUGAACCCAUACAGACACUUCAAUGAUCCAUCUUCCCCGUGCUUUAAUAGAUUGUUUCAAGCCAUGCAUAUUGAUGGUGAGUUCUGGGAAGCUGAAGAUGAAGACUAGUAGCUUUCUCUAGCAACAAAAGCUGGACAAGCCAGAGACAGAUGCUUUCCAUUUUUGUGUCAAGUUUGUUUGCUUUUCACUUCCAUUAUGUGAUAGAAAAAUGGUAACUACCUUGCACUGCAGGAUACUCACACUUCAGAGGCUGUUGCCAAAACCAAAGGAGACCAUUUUACCCAUCCUGGGGUCAGGAUCACCAUUGAAGGCCCUAAAUAUCAUAUCCAUUGCUGAAGACACAUACAACUGGUCAGAAGUUGGACAAGUACUGGAAAAAAACGUAAACUAAGAGGUGCCCCUUUUUCAAAAGCAAACAAACAAAACUGAAGCCCUAAAUCAUAGAAAUAUUUGGGGGUCUCCUUGAGGGAGACCGACUGUUUGAGGAUCUUGGUGCGUAUCCGUUGUGGGUUCUAGGGUGGUGGUGUUACAGCUGUACUGCUCUUUCUGGAGCUGUUUAGCAAUGCUACUUGGACGGGGGAAGUUUUCUGAUACAAUACAGAAAAUUUCUUCUCUAUUCAGCAACUGAGCCUGUUGCUUCUAUAGCAUUUCCUGACCUGUUUCUCUGAAAAACAGCUCGUUGCUGUGUUGGUGCUUUCUAAUGAUGGUAAAGUUGAUUAGCCCCCUUUGUACUGGCUGUAAUGCCUGGGCCUCUGCAUUACUGAAUGCUGUGGCAGAAAAUGACCAACAGCUGUUUGGAGACAUUUGAAUCAGUUUGGUGACUCAUCUCACUCAGUGUUGCUGUUGUCUUAACUCACAUGGCCUCUCUGUAUUUUGACUGAGCGUGUGGCCACUGAGAGGAUGAAAAGUAUCAGUCAGAUAUUGAAACGCAUUUUGUGGAUACGUAGUUGAGAUUAACUUGAAUUGAAGAUGUUGAAAAUUACCUUGUCUUCUCAGAUGGUGAAGUAAUUUAUUUUUUACUAACUCUUCAUAUGAGAAAUUUGAUGAGUUGAUAUUUCCUUCUGGACUACCUUAUUUCCACUGUUCUUGCACUUCAAAUUAUUUCAAAACCCUAAAAGCUCAGUAAGUAGUUUUGUGAGCAUGAAGGUAAUUACUGGAAGGAACCACUAAUUUUUUAGAAGUUUUUCCACUUGCAGAAGGGUCUAAAAAUUUAUUUUGAAAUUAAAACUGCAUGUGCUGUGUUCAAAACAAAAAGCAGGGUCCAGACGGAUAGCUCAGGAGCUGGAAGACUCUUUGGAAACUCAAGGUGAACACCUCUCAGUGAGUUUUGGCUGAUAGUAAAUAAAUUUAUACUCGGAUAUCUGGCCAAAAUGAGUGCUGAUCUAGUUCCUUUCACAGAUGAUGAAAGUCUGUACUAUUGGAAUGGGCAGUGAUUAAAACGAUGGUAAAAGCGGAUGUCUUGGUUUAGGCUAUAGGACAGCAUGUAGGGAAAGUUUAUGUUGUGUAUGGUUUAAAUUGUAUUUCCUGCACCUUUCACAUGCACUAAAUUCACUUUAAGACAGUAAACAUAGUUGUCUCCCCGUUUGUCUUCAUUAUGGCAUGUACAUGGCAGCGCAGGUCUGUGUUUGGGUGGUAAUGGCCUCUAGUACUCGUGUGCCACGGGGCUGAGGUGCUCACAGGCAUCUGUGGAGUGACAGAGACCAGCCCUGGGCUUGCACAAAGCUCUCGAGCGGAGCUGGCCCAGGACCUGUUCUGCUGGUGGAAGUCUGGAUGUUCACAUAUGCAAAGUGUCCUCAUACUCAAAACCCCGUGGUUUUCCCUGGGAGAUGCAAGCCCCUACUUGAUGCACAGUGGCUACGGUGACACUAGUGUGGGACACUGCUGUGGAUACAGCCAGUUUUUGGCUGCCAUCCUCAUGCUAGUUUCCACUCUGGCCACAAUUUUUUUUUAACUACAGGCAGAGUCCAAAAGCUGCCUGCUUUUGGAAGGGGCUUUCCUCCCACUAAGCUGCAUAUGUGGGCAGAUGGGGAAUGUUUGUGAUGAGGACAAGCACGUGCUUAACCCCCAUUUUCCUGCCUGGAUGGAGGAGAUGGCAUUGAAGCUCUCAAACCUACAGGAGGCUGGGCAAGUCCCUUCCGCCAGGACAGAGGUGGCCAAGUGCAGGGCCUGGAUGCCAAAGGGAAUGUUGGGAUGAAAAGCCAUGGCAGGGGACAGCUGCCAGAGCACAAGCGUUAUGGUGAAGUAUUUGAAGAUGUUACAAUGAACUACCUCUGCUUUCAAGAACUUUGUGUGGAGAGAGGAGGAAUGGUGAUGUAGUCACCACCGUGUCUGAAUUCUGGGCACUUGGGGACCCCUGGGCUGGAGCUCCCAUAUCCUGCAGUGAGGCAGAGGAGGACAGACCCUCUGAGGAGAGGACAAGGAGGUGACUACAGCUGUAGGACAAUCAGCUGGUGUUGCAAAGGUGGGACAGCUAAAACCAGAACCUGUCUCCACUGACAGCAAGGCAGGCAACUCAAGUAACGUGAUGCAGAGUUUCUUUCUCAGUUGUUUUUUCCUCUUGUAGACCUCCUCUCACUCGCUCCCGCUCUGUGCAUGCACAGAAUGUUAGGUUAUUUGCAGACAUUUUGUGGUAAAAGGUAGAGAACUGAUCUCCUUUUUCCUUUAAAGAUCCCUUUGUGUUCUACAAAACGGCUGCUGCCUGGCAGGACAGAACAGCAACAAGUGUUUUGUGGAAACCUGCCGGCAAUUACUGGACGAGGGAGGAAGCUCUUGAGGUCGAGCACAGCAGUAGCUAUUUUCUACCAAACUGCUUUCAAUACAGCUUUGGUUCUAAGUGACAGAAAUCUUGUGCAAAUAACAGUUUCUUCCUCAUGCUUUGAAGGUUUUGUUGUUCUGUUCAAAGAUGGUAUUACAAGUCCCGUUCAGCCUCAUAAACUGGUCCAUGUUUCACUACUACAAUGGGGACUGUGCACCACAUACAGACAAUAUGACCAUUUAGAAAAAAUUAAGACAUUUACUGUAGGAAGUUACAGUACAGAUCAACAGCUUAGAAGAUUUCUGCAUAAAGAAAAUAAAUCCUACUCAGUUUGUCUUGCCCUUCAUUGGAUAG